UGGUGUGUUUGUUUUGUGUUGGGGGCCUUCGAACGCCGAUCGACCCGAUCCCUCCCACGCCCCUGCUGGUCGACUUUCUUUUUUGGAAUUAGCAGCCGAACGAUUGUCUGUCGCACCGGUGGAUGAAUUACACCGUGUUUUUUUUUUCUUUUUUCUUCUCUCUCGCCUCCAUCCAUAUUGCGGCACAAGUGUUCUUUUAAAGUGCUCUCACAUGGAUCGCAGCUGUCUGCUGGCGGAAUGAGAUAUGCCAUCCAAGCGCAAAGGCAAAAUGCGAGAAAAUUGGCGGAAACGUGGCAAGCCCUCUCCUGCGUUGGAGGCGGAGCCACAAGAUCUGAGAAUCGGGACCAGGCGUUCAGUCAUGGAGCAGAAUGCCGAGACCAAUGGAUGUGACGACAGUCCCCUCUCGGUGGCAGUUUCCAACCACACGGAAAUAGUGCAGUGUUCACCCAAGGCUGACAAGCAGAUGGCCAAAUCGUUAUCCACUCAGGAAAGCAAGAAAUCUCGCCAACCCGCCGGCGCCACGAAGGCGGGUCGAGCCCGCAGGAGUGGGCCACCGCUUCCCACAAACUCCACAGACAAAACUUCGCCCCCCACGGAGAGGCGGACAACCCGCAACGUGCCCCCUCCACUCCCCACCACCGCCACCCCUCCCAAAACCAGGACCCCCACCGCCGCCGAGCGGAAGGCCAUCAAGACCCCUCCCUCCACCCCCACUCCCGCCACCACCAACACCGCACCCAGCAAGAAGAACUCUCUUCAACCGCCGGUUCUGUCUGCGCCACAGAACCAGGAUGGGCCUCAGGCCAGCACUGCACCGGUGCUGUUGCAGGAGGCACCCACCGCCGCCACCACGAACUCUCGCUCCGGUAAGCAGCCGCGGGCUGCCCACCUGUCGGCGGCGGCGGCACCACCGCCGCCCAGGAGCCCCAAGAGGCAGUUGAAGCGUCAUUCGGACCAGGGGGACGCCGACUCCAGGGCCAGCAAGAGGGUCCGACUCCAGCACCAGCCGUUCCAGUCCCCUCCUCCUCCCACCAUCAUCCCCGCCAUCCUGAGGCAGCCGAUCGUGAAGCUGCCGGAAGACAAGAUAGUGGUCUUCAACAAGGGCGAGUUCCUCGCCGUCAGAAACGAAAUCGGAAGUUUCUUUGUAUGUAGGACUGCACAAAAUGUAUACAAAAGCAGCAAGAGGUUUAAAAUACAGUGGAUGAGUGAUAAAGAACCUGACAUAUAUAUUCCAGAUUUUUAUGAUCAGACAGAUUUUGAAUGUGUCUUGACGAACCUGCGGAUGAAAAGGGUAGACAAAAAUAAAUUCAUGCUUCCCAAAGAAGAAAGACAACGCACCUUAAACAUAUUACAGAGAGCUCUAAAUGUUGAAAAUGGCAUAGAUAUUUCUCCAUUACAAGUCACAACAGAUGGAGUGGAUGUCUCGAUAGUUGGCAAAGAAGAGGAAGAAAUCUUGAGGCUUCAACAGGAAACCCUAAAAACAGACCAGAAAACCAAAGUGUCACAACUGAAAAACAGAGGACGCCCGAAGAGGCCGGAACAACCCCCAAAGAUUACACGAGCUGUCACUACUGCUGAAAAAAAGGUGAAAACAUUAGCUGCAAGAGUUAAACUUCGAGCAAGAGAAACAGUUAAAGUGAAAUUGAAAAAAGAAGGUGGUAGAAUUAUUGUCUCAAAUAAAGAUGGUAAACCGGUGACAAAGGUUAGGAAAAUUGCAGAAAGGUUGCACCCUAAUCCUAAAGUUACGGUUUUUGAGAAAGAUCCUACUUUCGAAAUGAACAUACCCAUUCCAUAUGUAUCUUCAUCUGCUCAUAGCAAACUAAUCAUUCGUGCAAUUCUUUUAAAAGACAUUAAAAUGCUUGACUCACUAUUAAAAGAUACUCAGAAAAUAUGUUCUCUGAAUACAUGUAGGAGUGUUGACGUGCAAUUGACCCCACUGAUGUAUGCUGUGUUAGAGGAAAACCACAGGGCAAUACGAGCUUUACUUACUGUAAAUAAAAGAAAAUAUGCCGACCCACCCGAAGCACUCCUUGAGUACCAAAGUUCGGGAAGGUACAACAUGAAAAUGCUUGGGCAUGCAGUACGACAAAUUAACAGUGCGAGAGGGGGUAAAGAAGGAAACAAUGCAUUCUUAAAAGAUAUAACAUCCAGUUAUGAUACAUAUCCUUCCAUCGAUGAAAAAGUUGUCAAUAUUGCCCUGAAAGCUGGUGUAUCAAAAGACACUAUGAAUCUUCUGUUAGCAGCAGAUAAGGAUUCAAGAGGCCAACAAAAAAGAGACAGCCAUCACAGUAUCCUUAUCCGACAAGCAGUGUGUAAAUGCUAUAGACAAAGGAAACAAGAAGUCGUUCACUGCAUUGCAUAUCGCAUGUAGGGAAGGGCACAUAGAUGUUGUACGCGUCUUAAUAAGACACAAAGCCAAUGUGGAUAAACUAACAAAUGCACAACAGGAUAAAUUGACACCUUUGAUGUUAGCCUCCCAGAAAGGUCAUCUAGAUAUAGUUAAUCUUCUAAUUGAACAUUCAGCUCAAGUAGAAAUGAAAGACAAAAAGCAGAGGACUGCACUGACCCACGCAGUGAUCAAUGGUCAUGCCCACGUGACUUCGUACCUGCUUCGGCUGGGGGCAAAUCCAAAUUCGACCGAUUCCUCCGGCAACACCUUGGUCCACUACGCCGCGGCCUACGGAUGGUACUUCUGCAUGAAAUUGCUCAUCGAGGCCGGGGCCAGUCUCAAUUUGCCCAACGACUGGAAGAUAACACCUUUAAGCUUAGCCUUUAUGAAAGGGCACAUGGGAUUGGUAGACUUCCUAGUAGAGCAGCCUGGAAUUGAUAUUAACGUGGAAGUUAACAAUGAGAGUGGGAUGACCCUAGUUAUGCAAGCUUUGAGGUCUGAAAUCAAUCAUUCAAUGCUGGAACGCAUCCAUUUCUUAGUAGUAAAGCAAAAGUCCGACUGUACAAAAGUAGAUUUCAUGGGAAAUAAUGCAUUCCACCAUUUAGUGAUGGCAGAAGUAGCACAAGUUGAAAUUGAAGCCAAGAUGGAAAGCUGCGAAGAAGAGAGCGACAACCAAGAAGAUGGCUGCGACGAGAGGGAAGCCGCCCAUAAGGCUAAGGCGAAGGAAAAAGAGAAACUGUUAUUUAAGGAAGAAGCACAACAAGAACAUGAUGCGUUAAUCCAGGAAAUCACGAAGUUGCUCUUAGACCAUGGCUGCGAUCCAAUGGUGAAAAACAAGGAAGGAGAAUCACCAUUCAACCUUGCCGUAAAAGAGGGUUGCCUGCUUUUGGUGAAAAUGUUCCUUGAUGCUGGCUGUCAGUUGAAUCUGGAUGUCAGCCAAUCCGGAGACACCAUUCUCCACUACUUGGUCGACCAUGCCCGAAACAGGAAGGUGGAACCGAUGCUGCAAGCCAUUCUCAAUGCGAAAUGCAGUAGUCCCGAUUGUACCCCCCAUCAACUGUUGUGUCAGAUGGUGAAAAUGUACAAUAAAAAUGGGCACACUCCUCUAUUACAAACUCUUAGUGCACUAGGUUCUAGUUAUGUAGAAGAAAGCAGAAAUCGUUUGCUUACAUUCACAAAGUUUCUGUUGGAUGAAUUAUUAGCAGACGUCUCUGUACCCUGUAAAAAUGUAGAUGGAGAAGCUAUGUCCUACGCACUGCAUUUGGCAACGAAAUGCGAAGGAGGGAGAGUGAUAGAGGUGCUUUUGGCGCACAAACCUCCAUUGAACUGUUUUGAUAACAAUGGACAAACUCCUCUGAUUCUUGCCAUCAAGGGCGAGAACGUUGAAGCUGUGGAGGCUUUGGUGAAAGCAGGAGCUAAUGUAAAUUUGAAAUCCAAUGAUAAGGAGAAACUUUCACCUCUUCUGAUUGCUGCCCAGAAGCCUACACUUGGUAAAAUUGUUCAACUACUUGUACAUAAUAAAGCUGAAGUAAAUGAAGUUGAUUCCAAAACCAAGAAUACUGCAUUACAUUAUGUUGUUCAAGCCAGAGCUACAAAUGUGCUGGAGACUGCAAAAACUCUUCUCACAGCGGGGGCCAAUGUUGAUGCUGUGAAUAACCACCAGAGGACGCCACUUCACUUGUCGGUGAAUGCUUCUUCCAGCGACAGCGAUUCUUCCUAUGCCAUCGAGGAAUGUCUGCUGGGCUUCGGUGCCAGAGCCGAUGCGACAGAUUGUCGUGGGAGGAUGCCUAUUCGUUAUGCUUUUACGAAAAUAGGAAAUCCUUUUGAAACAUCGCAGAUCGAUCCGAUGGAACUGGUUGUGCUGCUAACUGAUGCAAUGCCUCAAGGUCUAAUAGAAGUGCCUGAUCAAUUUGGACAAACAUUGCUACAUUCUGCAGCUUACAGAGGGGCCACAAUAUCUGUGACGCACAUUGUUAAGAAUGUUAAAAAUAUGGAAGCUAAAGACAAAGACGGGAACACAGCUCUUGGGCUAGCAGUGAGAAAUGGUCAUGAAAGUUGUGCCUUGAUGCUGUUGCAAAGAGGUGCCAGUUGCAUUGCCGACGUUGUCAUCCCGAAUCGGUCAAAGCCAUCGAAAUUUGAAUGUUGGGAAUGGAAUCAUGUUAAAGAAAUUCCUUCCAUUCCCAAGAGGCAUACUAUUUUGCAGGAAACUUUACUGAAAGAUUGGCAAGGAAUACUAUAUCUGAUGCUGGACCAGCUAGACAACAUGGGAAAAGGAAUCAAUAUUGCUGUUGAAGCAUCAUUAAGGACAGCUAAGUACAAUGUAGCCCUCAAGCUGAUUGGAAGAAUAAAGCACAGUUGGAACUUGUACACGGAAAAACAGAGCAUGUUGCAUGUGCUUGCUCGUGAAGCUCCCGCACACCACCUGCCUGAACUCCAAGUUAGGGUAGCACAGUUUUUAAUCGAGAAGGGGGUGCCCGUGGGAUCGAGGGACGAGCAUGGCUGUUCUGUUCUUACCUACGCUGCUAUCAACUGGAACUACACAUUAUGUUCCUUUUUUGGAACUAAAAUAGGUAUUGCUGUUGCUGCUAAACUAGAUGCAGACAAGUCUUUCCGCACUCCGUUUUCUGCUCUGUUUUGGAAGCUGUCUGAGGAAGAUUUAUCUGAAGAUAUCCGGAACUGGUGCUGCAGUUUGCUGAAAGCGGGCGCGAAUCCGAACGUCUUGACGAGGUACCCCAUCCUUCCGAGCCCGUACCCCGGGGUGCGAUGUACCGUUGCCGACGUGCUGCACGUGGAGGAUGCCGGCGCCCCCAAGUACACCCCCCUCAUCAUGGCGAUAUGCAGGGCCAACUACCCGGUGGUCAAGCUCCUGCUCACCAAGGGGGCCGACGUGAAUGUUCCGGACGAUCAGCUCCGGACGCCUGUGAUGCACGCUGUCAGACUGAAUGACAUAAAAAUGGUGAAACUGUUGCUGAAUUUCAACUAUGAUCCUUCCAAAGAUAAAAAUCCAUAUGGUGUGCCUGGUAUUUCAGAAGUGGAGCCAGGGACUUUCCAGAAGACCAGCAACAUCGACCUUGCCGCCAAGGACUGCAAGGGCUGGACCGUGAUCCACCACCUGGUGGACCCUUUCCCAGAUUACUGCUACUCCAGUUCGGUCCUGCUCCAUUUGUUGGCGGAGUUUGGCGCCCCUCUGGACACCGCCAAUGCCGCCGGCGAAACUGCACUACAGAUGGCAUGGAAGCUCCAGAGGACGCUCUUGGUGGCUGCGCUGCAGAAGCUUUCCAACACACCUGAUGAACAAAAGAAAAAAAUAGAGCUUAGUUUUCCUACUCAUACUUUUGAUGAUAUCAAAUGGGACCAACCUGUUACAAAUUAUGUAGAAGAUAGUAAACUUUAUUUAGAAAAAUUAGAAAAACAAUGUACGGACACAAACAGCCAGGAAGAUUCGACUCCGGAUUCGUUAUCCGACUUUGAAUCUAUUGGGGAAAUUGUUGUAGAUAGUGAAAAGAAUGUUCCUUACGAUGUCGUCAUGACGGUCGUCGACAUGAAUUACGGAGCAUAUGGAAUAUAUAAUUUUUAUAAAAUGCAGCUUAUAAAACACAAAAGUAGAGAAUCUUUGUUUGUCCUGUUUACUCGAUGGGGCCGAGUGGGAGAUACGGGGCAAUACCAAAAAACUCCUUAUGGAACACUGGCCGAGGCUGUGAAGGAGUUUACUAGGAUAUUUCGUGCCAAAAGUGGAAAUAGUUGGGAUGAUAUCAAAAAUUUUCAGCCUCAGCCAAAGAAGUAUCGCUUAGUUCAGCUGGAGAAAAAGAAGCAAGGGGCCUUGAGGAAUGUUAAAUUGGACUUAAAAUCCAGUGUGCCAUCUAAAUUGAGUCUACCUCUUCAAAACCUGUUUGAAAAUUUUAUGGAUAUUCAUACCAUGGAAGGCACGCUGCAAGACUUGGGUGUGUAUUCCAGUUUUGAAGUGUUGCCUUUUGGCAGUUUGUCCGAAGAUAUCCUCAUUGCUGCUGAAGACUUAUUGAAACAAAUUGGCAACGUCAUCACAGAAAAGGAUAAUUUACAGCAAAAUACGAAAUCCCAAGAAAAAUUUGGAGAACUUAUGCAUAAGAUUGUCAAACUGAGCGAAGAGUUUUACCAAAUUCUUCCGGUGUUUGGCUAUCAGUACGAAAAGCUCUGUCCCCUCUUCAGUGCCCCGGAUGUCCAGUCCAAACUUGUCCUCAUCCAUAACUUACUUCAUAUUGGGCUCUCUUCGCAGCUCCUUUUAGGCUCCAGCCAGCAUUCUUCAGUUAUCAAUCCUGUGGAUUAUGUGUACAGAUCAAUAGGUUGCAAUUUGAAACAACUAAAUAAGGAUUCACAGGAAGCUCAAAUGAUCUUACAGUACAUCCAUAACACUUCCCUUCACCGGAAGCCCAAGGUGCAGUCGGUUUUCGCUGUGAAUCUCCCGGCCCAGAGGGAGAAGUUCGAGUCCAGCGGCCUCUCCAACCACAUGCUGCUGUGGCAUGGAACUCGCCUUUCCAACAUCCUGGCCAUCCUGUCCAGGGGGUUGCAAGUGGCGCCCCUGGGGGUGCAGAUGAACGGAGACAUGUUCGGCAAGGGAAUUUAUUUUGCUGACAUGUUUACAAAAAGCCAGAAAUAUUGUACAGAGCAUCAUUCUACAUAUUCGAAAUUUAUUUUACUUUGUGAGGUGGCGCUGGGAGACGUGAAGGAAGUAGACCACAGUGUGGUGGUGGAUAGGACGGAGAAGUACGACAGCAUAAAAGCGGUGGGCCACAAGCAGCCCGAUCCUGCCAAAGACGUCUUUUGGAAAGGCAUGACAGUGCCCUUGGGUACCCCGGUGGAUGUACUGGAGCAGGGCUAUUCCACUUCCCAUCACUACUUGAACUUCAACGAAUACGUGGUCUACGACGCUUCCCGAGUCUGCAUCCGCUACUUGGUCCAGUUCGUCGAAUAAGCCCCCUUUCGGACUCUCCUCAUUUCGCCCAGUGCAUGGGUCGGCAUACUUGCACCUCCAUCUGGACUCCAGGACUUGCAGGACCCUCCACCCGGGGACGUGCAACAGUUUUCUUUCCCCGAGUUUCCGAGCGAAGGCUCCGGAGCUCGCACCAGUCGUUUGCUUUCUUUUUCGGAAUUUCGGGACUCGACGCGAAGAGUGCGCAUCGUUUCGUUCUCCGACCUAUCUAUGCAUGGACUUUUUAUUUAUCAUUAAACACAUUUAAAAGAAAAAAAAAUUUUUUAAACUAUUUGCCGUGUUGGAAUUUGAAGAGAAUAUUUAACUUUCUAUUGUCUCUCUCUCUCUCGAGAUUGUUGAAAGGUGGUUUUUUAAAUAUCUGGUUUUAGAAGUUCUUGUACCUGCUACGAGCGCCCGAUGUAGAUACAAAAAAAAAAAAAUUGUGCAGUCACACACUGCAUGCUUUUUAAUUACGAAGGUUUUUUAAACCGGCCGACGUUUUAGUUUCGAGAAAUUGACCUCCUCGUUUCGAGUCGAAGAGAAUGGCGAAGCGUGAAUUUUGCACCAUGUUUUCUACACAUCUGCAGAUGUAUAUUUUUUAAAGUUUCUCUAGCAAUGGACUGCAUGUGUGAGACCUGAAAUUAAAAAAUGAAUAACUAGCUUCAUUUGUCAUAAUGAAUUGGAAGAAGAUUAGCAUUUUUACGAGACAAACUCUUAUCCUGUACAAUGGUUUUUUUCCCCCUUUAUUACAUACCUUGUUUUUGUAUAAAAUCAUGACUAGUAUUGAGUUGUGUGGCUGCCUAUAUUUAAUGAAACACUCUGCAAUAAAUGCAGCCAUUGUAACAAAUUCGUUACUUGAAAUAAAAUAUUGCAAUUCA